AUGUCUUACGGUGGUAAUCAAGGUUAUGGGCAAGGGUAUGCCCCUCCAACUCAAGGCUAUGGACCUCCAGGUGGCCAACCAGGACAACCUCCGAGUCAGGGCUACGGAGCCCCACCGCCAAACCAAGGCUAUGGCCCACCCAGUGGCCAUCCGGGACAACAAGGCUACGGACCUCCCAGUGGCCAACCACCAAGCCAGGGCUAUGGAGGACCACCGGCCGGGCAACCACCCAGCCAGGGCUAUGGAGGACCACCGGCCGGGCAACCACCCAGCCAGGGCUAUGGAGGACCGCCGAGCGGGCAACCUCCGAAUCAAUAUUCUGGCGGCCCUGGCGGCCAUCAUUCUCAUGGACCCCCACCCGGCGGACCCCCACCGGGCAACCCACAACCCUCCGGUGGCUCCUUCAGACCACGACCUCCCACCGUCAGGAUCGACCCCCAGUUACGUCAAUGGUUCGCGGCCGUUGAUAGCGAUAACAGCGGGAACAUCACCGCGCUCGAGUUGCAACAGGCCUUGGUGAAUGGCGAUUGGACCGCCUUCGAUUUAGAUACUGUGAAAAUGUUGAUGAACAUUUUCGAUACUGAUCGAAGCGGAACGAUCGGAUUUGACGAGUUUGCUGGACUAUGGAAAUACAUCAAAGAUUGGCAAGGUGUUUUCAAACAUUUCGAUGCCGAUCGGUCGGGCACGAUCGCCGGCGAUGAACUCCGCAACGCACUCGAUCAAAUCGCUUUGUCCGAUGGUAUGUUAAUCCAUCUCACUUAG